GGGGAGAACUGGGGGGAGAGCUGGACAGAUGGAGGAUGGCACCCAACACCUGGGACACUGCAUGGUUGACAUGAAGGAGCUCAGCGCCAACCCUGAAGGACUGACCGCUGCCGGUGUUAUUCUAACACCCAAGCUGCCUCAAGUGGAGUUCAGCCUUGCAUGUAGUGAUCUGGUGGCCUCAGGCAGAGACAGGAAGCCCAAUGCUUUGGUCCAGGUGGCUGUCAUAGACCCCCACAAGCAGCACCUCGUCUCUCACGUGUGCACAGAGAUAGUGGAGGCGAACAAAGACCCGCUGUUUCUGACGGGGGUGACCUUCCCUUCAGAGUAUCCUGCUAGCACAGAGACACUAGUCAAGCUAACUGUGUAUGAUGCAAAGGACAAGAGCCAGGAAUCAAGCAGCUUCCUGGGCAGUGCCACAUUUUCAGUAGGCGACCUGCUUAGGGCUAAAGAUGAACGACUGACCUUGAGUCUGAGGUCAUCUGAUGGUGUGUGCACGGCAGGAACAGUGGUGGUGAGUCGUCUGAAGAUGGGAGAGAUGGAGGAGGUCGACGUAGACCACAUCACCACUGACAUACCAUCACAGAAGUGUCCCUUGGUUUGUGAGUCUGCGUCCCAUGCCUGCAUUGACAGAGAAAAUAACCCGCUGACAGGGCCAGUGUUCAAGAACCCAGUAUGCAAAGUGUACAGAUUUCAGACAACAGACAGCAAGUGGAUGCUUGUGCGGGAGCAAAUGGAGGAGUGCACUUUGUCCUUUAGCAUCCCCAAACAGCUGCUCUCACUGUACAUUCAGGAGGACAUGAGGAGGGUGCAGGAUCUGAGAGAGUUGGGGGAGCUUUCUCCUCACUGGGACAACUUAAGAAAGGAGGUGAUGACACGAUACGGAGGAAUCAUCAGCUCCUACCAGGAGACUUUGGCUGAACUGGACAAGAUUACUGGUCGUUCAUUCAAGCCAAGCUGCUGCAAAGCCCAGAAAUCUCUGGAGUUCAUCCCAAUAAACCUGCACACCCAGAGGAUGAGGGUGACGUGCCCGAGAAAAACAGAUGCAUUCUAUGACAUUGUCACUGUCGGUGCUCCUGCUGCCCACUUCCAGGGCUUCAAGUGUAGUGGUGGUCUGCAGCGUCUCCUUAGCAGAUAUGAAGCAGAGAAAAAAAGCUUCAGCACUGCCUACCAGUGUAUCUACUACUCCCCAGAGCACACAGCCAAAGCUCAGGAGGUACUCAGCACCAUGAGCCUCCUCCAGCCCCUCAUCACAAGCUUAGCGGACCAGCUCCUCCAGGCUGCCCAGGAGCACUCUUCCCCUGGACUGAGGGAUGCACUCAAGAACCUCUCUGACAAGACAGAACAAUUUGUUCACACACUUAAGGAUGAAUUGGUCAAGAGUGCACUGCUAGCACUGCAUGCAGCGAGGCCUGGGUACAUUUCCAAGAACCAGAAGCAAAACCCGAUGCAGGGAGGCCAACAUCAAGGCCACAUCCACCAAGGCAGUGAUCAGAAUCAGAGCCCAGUCCAGGGGCUUCCAGGCCACAGUCCGGCCACAUCGGUCACUGAGAGCACGGUGAUGUGUAAUAACGUAGAGGGAUCACAAGCUAGAGGAGAUGGUGGGGCUUUGCCACCGAAGCACCAAGACUCCAUACCGCACCACAAAGAGUACGACGAGGAGGAAUGGGACAGAGUAUGGGCCAACGUAGCCAAAUGUCUCAACUGUGUAAUUGCCAUGGUGGAUAAACUCCAGGAAGAAGACAACAGCAAGCCGGAGCAAGUCCCCGAGCAGCAGCUAGCAGAUGUCAUCACUUCACACAACCCUGGCGACUGGGGGGAGCAGCUCUGCCCUGUGGUGACCAGGUUAAAGGAGUGCGUGAUGGAGGUGGUGGAGAAGGCUAAGAGAGCCAUGACCUUUGUGCUCCUGCAGGAGGCAGCCUGCAGCAUUCCACAGGGCUUCCUCCUCCAACAGAGGAGAGACGUGGUCUUCAGUCAGGCACUGGCAGCCUUAGCCUGUGGUUUCGUUAUGAGGCUGUAUGCAGGAAUGCAGGACAAAGGUUUCCUCAGGCAGCUUCACCUUGUUGGCUUGGUGGCCCAGUUUGAGAGCCUACUCAGCACCUAUAGUGAAGAGAUUGGGAUGCUGGAGGACAUGGAGGUUGGAAUCACAGACCUGCAGAGAGUCGUGUUCAAGAUUACAGAGGCCAAGACAGAUGACCUCAGUGACCUCCAGCCCUUAGUGUGUGGCCGACGAGACCACUUCAUUGUAGAAGUGCCAUUACCACGACUGGUUUUCCAGACCUUGCCAGAGGAGAUCAAGGAAGGCAAGCCUCUACGAGUAUUCCCGGUGCUGUUUAACGUGGGCAUCAAUGAACAGCAAACUAUAGCAGAGAGGUUUGGAGAUAUUUCCCUGCAAGAGAGAAUAAACCAGAAGAACUUUGAGAAGUUAGAAGCCUAUUACAAAUCAUUAAAUGAAAAGGUGCCACUAGAAUGUCUACCAUGUUUUCAGACACAGACUGACAUAAAGGAAUUACUUGAAACCCUGGGCCAGAAUGUAGUCACAAAGAAGAGGAAGAAUGUGGAGAUAUUAUGGAUUGCUGGAACGAUUUGUCGAAGGUUGAAUGGCAUCAGGUUCACCAGCUGUAAAAGUGCCAAAGACCGGACAUCCAUGUCUGUCACAUUAGAGCAGUGUGCCCUCCUUCGUGAUGAACACCAGCUCAGCAAGGAUUUCUUCAUCCGUGCUCUGGACUGUAUGCGGAGAGAAGGAUGUCGGAUUGAGAACGUUGAAAAGAAUAUUAGAUGCAGGAAAUAUGCCUUCAACAUGUUGCAGCUGAUGGCCUUUCCCAAGUGCUACCGACCACCAGAGGGGACUUACGGAAAAGUUGACUCUUGAGGAAGUAAGCCAUGUACUGUAAAACCAGUCAUUCUUUAUUGUCCAAGUACUAAAUAUGACAGUAAAUAAUAGUGAAAUUAUUGUAAAACAAUUUAUUGUUCUUAAUAACCAACCUUGCUGGAUGUUUUUUUUUUAUUGAUGUUUGCUUAGUUUUUGUUUGCACUGGUAUGUGAGGGUGGUUGUGUGUUCACCGAACCUCACACUGGAUUUGCCAAACAUGUGUCACUUGUAAAAAAUAAAGCACUUUCCGUUUUUGUCUUGUAUAUUUUCAUGGCCUAAGCAGUGAUAAAUAAUACAACUGUGUGGCAAAUCAUAGUUGAUCUCUGUGUGUCUGUACAGUAUAUUAAUGACCUCAAGCAGUACAACAUGCAUGCCUGCAUGAGGAAUUUCCCUCCUGCAGAAAUUUCAAAUUUUUUUUAAAGGGAUUUGUCAGUGUGAUAAAAUAAUCUUAACUCAGGUCAGUUAAGUAGUUUAUACUGACCUAUUUCAGAGUUUAUGUUAAGUUUAGACUGUUCCUAGGAUGAUUUAUUGUAUAAACAUGGCUCUUUAAACAGUGAAUUGGAAACAAAUUGUUUAUCCCAUGUCUCAUUCUGUGUUUGGAUACACUGAACUCCACAUUAUGAAAGUGAAAACUUAAUUGGUGGUCUGCUUAACAGGAACUCAUGCACAACUCGUUUUUGAGCAAUGGAUCUAUGUAUUUUACUGAUGUCACAUAUUGGGGCCAAACUUAACCUAUUUUGUUUUUGGUGGUUAGAGACAUUGUAAUUUCAUCCUUGUACACCCAAAUGUAUGGGACAUAUACUGUAAGUAGCAUAUUUUAAAUUACAUGUUAAAUCCCAUUGCCUUUUUUACAACUCAGCCCCAAUGGUUGCACUUGAGCUACAUAUUUUUAUAUCUCAAGGUACAGCCCAGUGAAACCAAAUGAAGUACAGCUGGAAAUUAGAACAGGAUGCAGAUAAUGUACCAUCAUUUCUGAGAGCUAUAUAACAAAGUAUGUAAAUCCACUAUUUAUUUUUGUAUUCUAAAAUGAUUUUAUAUUCUAAGUGUUCAUUCCUUGGACUUCAAUGCAUGUUUAAAAUGUAUAUGCUGUUAAAUAAUGGACAUUUCUUUUUUUCUAU